CGUGGCCUCCGCUGGCCAAUGGGCGAGCGCGGUGGAGGGAAAAGGUCGAGGGCGACGGGCCGGCUCGACGCAGGGACGCCGCACGCCGUGAGUAGAGGAACGAGGGCGGAGGCAGGGACCCGGUGGUGGUUCCACUCUCCCGAGCCUCCGCCAGCACAGGCUUGACUGGACGCCGGCGCCGUUCCGCCACAGAAGGCCGGGCGUGGCGGGGUGACCUCUGGCUCCCGCGACCUCUCCUUCGGCCACGCCUCCUGGUCGGUUGGCAACGCUCUGGCCCGGGAGCCGAGGGCUAAGCCACCUCCUGCCGCUCCCUGUCACUACCGGACUGGUAGCCCGCAAGUUUCUGGGCUCUUCGUGGGUCUCCUGAUCAAUGAUGAUGUUUGGAAAAAUUUCGAGGCAGCUCUGCAGCUUAAAGAAAAUCCCAUGGUCAUGUGACUCCAGAUACUUCUGGGAGUGGUUGAAUGCAGUGUUUAAUAAAGUAGAUUAUGAACGCAUCAAGGAUGUUGGCCCUGACAGGGCAGCUUCUGAGUGGCUACUUCGGUGUGGAGCCAAAGUACGCUACUGUGGCCACCAGAAGUGGCUACAGGAUUAUAACAAACUCCCAGGAGGCUCUGUGGACAGAUACAAGAUUCAAGCAAUUGAUGCCACCGAUUCUUGUAUCAUGGACAUUGGGUUUGAUCACUUGGUGGGCCUAGAGCAUGUUGAAAGAAUAACACUGUGCAGGUGUCAUUAUAUUGAAGAUAACUGUUUGCAGAGGCUUAGUCAACUUGAAAAUUUACGAAAAAGCCUAUUGAAGUUGGAAAUAAUCGCCUGUGGGAAUGUCACGGACAACGGCAUCAUUGCUUUGCGACACUUUAAGAACCUCAAGUAUUUGUUCUUAAGUGAUCUUCCUGGAAUAAAAGAUAAAGAGUACCUUGCCGAAGUCUUUACUAAAGCACUGCCUUCUCUGGAACUAAAAUUAAACCUGAAGUAAAAUAAGUGUCUGGUUUCACUAUUAAGGAUCCCUUGAAAUUGCUGAUACUAGUUAGCUACAAAUAUUACAUAAUCAGCAGUGAAAAUGACUUAGAAAUGGAGAAUGGAUCAGGAAGAGAAUAAAUAAUCAGAAGUCACUCACUGAAGUCACUUAGUUGGAAGUGAGAAAUUAUAUACACUGAAUCAUUUUAAACUAUAACAGCAUUUUAAUAUAUUUCUCAUUUAUAUAUAAAUAUAUAUGUAGGUGUCGAUGCAGAGUUCUUUAAACUGCAAUGUCAAUACUUUUUCUUACAAUAAUUUGCAUCACACGGAAGCAUGUUACGGUAAAUGUGCAGUUAUGAAAACCUGAAAGCUCGGUGACAGACCCGCUGAUGGAGUCCGGGUACGAAGUUGUCGGUGUUGAGAGCAGCGUGCUGUGUUGCUUCCCAGAAUUUGCAUGAUUGCUCAAGCUCCUGCAUUGCUGCAUUGCUAAUGGUGCAUACUGUUAAAGACACCCUUUCUCAGGAAGAGUGCUGCUGGCUACUUGGUCCUACUUUAAAGCGUGGGCUACGUCAUGCUGGUUAAAACAGAACGCAGUACUUAUCUAUACCCAACUAGUUUUGCUGGUAAAACAAACAGGAAAUGGGCUGCCCUACUCCUCAUCCGCUUCAGACAGGAAUGUGUUAUCCUUAGAAUCUAAUUUUGCUAUCUCUCUCUCUGAAUUCUACCUUCUAUGAACUCGGGAUAUAAAAAUGUAAAUACAAAGAUGAAUUUAUAUCUAGAAAGCACCAAUGAAGAAUGUCUGAGUAGAUGAAGGCUAGCCUUUAAUGUCUUGAAGUAGCCGCAGUCCCACUGCUGUUAGUUGUGUGCUGUAGCCGUGUAGGCUUCUGGAUGUCUGGCUGCCAGCUGCUGCAUAUAAAUUAACUAGGAACGGCCUUCGGCAGCACAGCACUCAGGCAGAAAAGUGAGCUUCAGCUAUACUUAGAGCUAUGCUGAAAGAAAAACACCUAGUUCUUGGGGAAAUCCAAAUUACAUACGGCACAAGUCAGAAAACAGUAAUAAAAACAAAGAUAAGGUAAAACUGUA